GUUUGCUGGCCGCUGACAAUCUUACACAGAAAGAAGACAUGUCUUCUCCUCCCAAAGAGAAAAUGGAUACCAAAGCCGGUCACCUUCCUGCUGUCAAGGCUGGUGGAAUGAGGAUUGUGCAGAAACAUCCUCACUCACCUGUAGAAACUAAGGAGGAAAAAGAUAAAGAUGAAGAGAACUGGGAAAGUGGCACAGUGCAACCUAAACCAACUUUGAUUAUUUCGGGAGCUGUUGCAAGGGGUGACAAGGAUUUUCCCCCAGCGGCAGCCCAAGUAGCACAUCAAAAACCUCAUCCAUCAGUAGAAAAGUUGCCUUCUUCUCACCAUGUGAGCCACCAAAUCCAUCAGCCCCGCAAGUGAAGGGUGAAAUAUCAACAAAUGUGCAGUUGCAGUCACCAUUUGCCAAAAAAUAAAGAAUUCCAAUCUGAUCCAUGUCUUGGUCUGCCACAACAAUUUAGCACUUGUUUAGUAACCAGUACUUUGUUAGACCUUAUCUACCUGUUAACUUUAUAUGAUCUCUUAAGAUGAAAUGAAAUCCGCUUUAGAUCCUUAUAAUAUUCCAGCUGUAUUAGCAAAUUAUUAAAAUCCAUUACAAAUUGUUUUUAAGUAAAGUAGAUUUUGCAAUAUGCAUUUCAGUCAUAUUUCCCCUGACUUCUGUGAGAGUUAAGGUGGCCGUACACGGUAAGAUUCCAUCAUUUGGCAAGGUCGCCAAACAAGCAAAUCUUUCCCCCAAAAUGCCCGCUUCAGCUGGGCGAUAUCAUGCUAAUGCAAUUGUCUGGCUUUAGGUCCAAACGAUUGAAUUACAAUGUAGGCAUACAAAUAGUCGUAGCAAAGACUACAUCAAUGAGCCAAUCUGUUUGGCCAGAUGUCAGUCGGGUAGGGCCAUUGGGGUCCCCUUACACCAGCACAUAAGCUGCUGAAUCAGUCUAAAGGACUUGAAUCAGCAGCUGAAAUAUGCCCGGCCACCUUUACUUUCGUAUGAUCCCUUGGCGCAGAGCAUUUGGGGUAAUAUAAUAAUAUUCCAGUUCUGUCUGGUAGCAUUAAAUCAUUUUAUUACAUUACCUUCAAAUAGUUUCUUCUCUCAGGCAUUUCAUUUUAAUGAUACUGAGAAUGUACAUUAAAAGUACAUUAUUUAAACACACAGCCCCAGCAAAUGAGAAUUAGUUAGGACCAAUUAGUAUACAGAGGAUCUAUGGAACUCAUGCUAAACUUUAUAGUGCUUGAUAAUUGCUAUUUAGUUCUUCUCCAGAAAAAAAAAAAAACAUUUAAAAGCUAAUUUUAAAGGGUAUGCAAUUUCUUCCCCCAAAGUUUAGGAAUCCUAAUGAAAAUUUUCAUAGAUCAGUUUAUUAUAGUCAAGUAAUACAAGCACUAAUUUUCAUAUUUUUCAUCUACGUAAGUUUAAUUUUUUUUUAAAAAAGCAGUGUUGGGGGCUGUUCCUUCUAAUGACUACAUUGGGAGUUAAUCAGAAAUAGCUACACGUGGUGCCUAAGAUUGGCAUUACUGAACUACACAUUGGGGAGAACUUUGCUUCUCCUAUAAGAGACUCUAAAGAUUUAUUUCCAGUUUAUAUAUAGAGUUUUUUAAUCUAAAACCAAACAACUAAUGUCAUUACAACAGUCAAAAAAAUCAAGAUAAAACAUCUUUGUAGUUAACAGUUUAAAGGUGCAACAUUUGCUACUGGUCUAAUCAGUAAACAAUCAGCAGGUAGCAUUGACCUGAUUAAAAGCAAAUCAAAUAAUAAUAAUGUUUUUUGACCCCUCCACUUGAUUGAUGCUCAUAGUCAGCAGGCAUAAAAUAAAAAUUGGUGAGUACAUUUACCAAUAUAGCUUUAGUGAUAAUUGUCAUAUAAUACAAAAUUCAUAAAUGUAAUUACUGUAGUCAUAUUGCUAACAGAGUAAAAAACAGAUUACUGAGUAAAAAUAUUUCACAGUUGAAUCUAUAAUUGCAUAUUCAAUAUUAAAGCCACUCAGAUUUAGACAUAUCAUCUAUUCUGAAGCCAUUGUGAUUUAGAUGUAUAUUUCUGUAUUUCAACCAAAGCGAUAAAAGGGACCAAAAUGGA